UGAGCUCGCGCCGUGAAAUCGUUGCAAAAGUGGGAAUUUUUUUAGUUUUUUGGAAGUUUUUGAUGAAAAUAAAGGUUAUAAGAGUGUAUUCAAGUCGAUUUCAAACUCCCGCCGUCGUUUCCUUUGGAAAGGUAGGUCGGAAAAGUGUGAGAAACUCGGAGAACCGCAGCGCGAACACCGCCGAACGUUCAGCCGAAACCGGCCCGGAACCUUAAAUAUAACUAGAAAUUCGCCUAAACUAGCAGCAAGAUGCCGCUUCCAACGUGUUUUGCGAACGCCGUCGAACCGAUGCAGGUUGAUGCGCAGCCCGAGGACAACGAGAACAACGAGGAGGAGGUUUACAUCGUCGAGAACCCCUCGAUUGAUCUGGAACAGCUUGCCAACCAGUACAGUGGGCUGGCAAAGCUACACCGCCUGAUUUACAUCGCCGAACAUUGCCCCGGCCUACGCCUUGAAGCCCUGCGCAUGGCCAUCAACUACGUAACCACCACCUACAACGUCACGCUUUAUCAACACCUGCACAAGAAACUUGCCGAAAGCGUAGGCGCCUUGUUUCUGCCGGAUGUGGCCGCCCAGCCUAGUGGCUCGCAAGAAAUUCCAACCUUCGACGCUGCUUGGGUAGAGACCAAAAGCAAGAAAUCAGCUCUAAAGCUGGAGAAACUCGACUGCGAUCUUAAGAACUAUAAGGCCAACUCCAUCAAGGAAAGCAUUCGCCGCGGACAUGACGAUCUCGGCGAUCACUAUCUCAACUGUGGCGAUCUGUCUAACGCGUUGAAAUGCUAUUCUCGUGCCCGCGACUACUGCACUAGUGGCAAGCAUGUCGUGAAUAUGUGCUUGAACGUUAUCAAAGUUUCCAUCUAUCUCCAAAAUUGGUCCCAUGUGCUGAGCUACGUCUCGAAGGCGGAAGGAACAACCGAGGUGUCUGAGACGUCCAAGGAGAAGGAUCCCAACCAAGUGGUGAUCACCCGGCUGAAAUGUGCCGCUGGACUGGCGGAGUUGGCCAUGCGAAAGUACAAAGCUGCCGCCAAGAACUUCCUGCAGGCGAACUUUGACUUGUGCGACUUUCCAGAAAUGAUCUCAACCAACAAUGUGGCCAUGUACUGUGGAUUGUGCGCCUUGGCCACCUUCGAUCGGCAGGAGUUGAAGAACGUCAUUUCCAGUAGCUCGUUCAAACUAUUUCUGGAGCUGGAACCGCAGCUGCGCGAUAUCAUUUUCAAGUUUUACGAGUCCAAGUAUGCGUCGUGCUUGAAGCUCUUGGACGAAAUCAAGGACAACCUUCUGCUGGACAUGUACAUUGCUCCGCAUGUAAAUGCGCUCUACACACAGAUCCGCAACCGAGCGCUGGUACAAUACUUUAGUCCGUACAUGUCGGCCGAUAUGCGCAAAAUGGCCACGGCUUUCAAUCGGUCAGUUGCCGCGCUGGAAAACGAGAUAAUGCAGCUCAUUCUGGAGGGCCAGAUACAGGCGCGCAUAGACUCGCACAACAAAAUCCUCUAUGCCAAGGACGCUGACCACAGAAGUGCCACGUUCGAGAAGGCCAUUAAUGUUGGCAAAGAAUUUCAACGUCGCUCUCGAAUGCUUAUUCUGAGGGCAGCUAUGGUCCGUCGCCAUAUUCACGUGAAGGUUCGAGCGUAGAAAGGCAAAGGUGUCGAAACUAGUGUCCCAGCAAGAGAUUUACACAAAAAAUCCUGUUCGACGUUCAUUUAUUAAAAGGAAGCUACUAAUUUCACGUUCAAUAAAUCAAAAUUGCCGUGAUACAUA